AUGAAAAUAAAAUUAGCCAUAUUCAUUUUAUACUUAUUAAAAGUAUGCAACUGCGUUCACAUCGUGUAUAAUCUAUUCGAGGAAAUCAACAACGAUGUAGUAAAAUUUAACGCGAUUGCUGCUGACAUAGAAUGGAAUUCUUCCGUUAACCCAACUCCAGGAUUACAAGAAAGAUCUCUUUUGUAUUUGAAAAGAAGAAUUACAUGGCAAAGAAAGACUUGCAAUAAAUUGACUGCAAUUAAAAAUAUUUUAACCAAUGGAACACAGCAGAGGCAAUCGUUUCUUUUUUGCAGAGGACCAACUUACAAUCUGGAAGAAGCAAGCUUCCUGAACAAAUUAAAUGAAAAAAUGCUGUCAAUAUACUACAAUGCUCAAGUUUGUAUACCCAAGAAAACAUCUCAUGAAAAAUCUGCAACAACUAAUGUAGCAAAGGAACGUAGAAUCAAAGAAUAUUUAUUAAAAUACGACAAAGAAAACGUGAAUAAAGACAAUAUACUACAAAGAACUGAGAAAGAAGAAGCUCUGUGUCUUAAACAAAAGGAUUUAGAGGAACUGAUAGAAAAUUCGAACGACGAAAAAGUGUUGAAAUGGAUUUGGAAAAUGUGGAGACAGAAGACUGGACCUUUGAUAAAGGAAUAUUUUAAAACAGCUGUGAAUAUAGAAAACAGAGCCGCUCGAAGAAAUGGUUACCAAGACAUCGGUGUAUCUUGGCGUGAAGAACUCGAGGUCUCAGAUCUAAGAGGCUACUGUCAACAACUCUAUCAAUCUGUGAAACCAUUGUAUACGCUUCUUCAUGGCGUAGUUCGGUACUUUCUUCGAAAAAAGCACGGUGAUAUCAUACCAGCACGAGGACCGAUUCCUGCGCAUUUACUUGGAAAUCUCUGGCUUCAAAAUUGGGAAUCGUUAUCAGAUCUAAUUAUACCUAACUCUAUUAAUUUAGAUGACAGCAUGAAGAAUAAGAAAUGGGAUGUUAAACAUAUGAUUAAAAGAACCGAGGACUUCUAUCUCUCUUUAGGUUUACCACCUAUGACAGAUGCUUUUUGGCGCAAAUCAAUUUUUAUGGCAGAUGAUAAUAAAAUACGUUGCCAUGGAACUGCGGCGAACAUGUUCAAAGAUGACGACUACAGAUUAUUAUAUUGUUCAGGUGUUUCCUUUAAAGAUUUUGUUGUAUUACAUCAUGAAAUGGGUCACAUUCAAUAUUAUAUGGCAUAUGUUAACCAGCCUGGUAUAUUUAGACAAGCUAAUUCAGCUUUCCAUGAAAGUAUUGGAGACGCAAUUACAAUCGGCGUUACAACUCCGCAGCAUUUGAACAGACUUAGUCUUAUUAAUGAUUCCACUUUGUAUUCUGCAUAUACAAAUUUUAAAGAUCAUUCACAAGCAGUAUCUAAUGCAUCUAAUAAAGAAAAAGAAUUCAGUUCCUCUAUAGUUACUAACAAAAGUGAAACAAUACAAUUUUCAAAUGCAACGACUGAUGAAAUAUUGUUAUUGAAACGUGCCCUAAACAAACUACCUCAAAUACCGUUUUCUUUGCUUAUUGAUAAAUACCGUUGGAAAUAUUUCGAAAAUGGAAUAGAUGAAGCAUCUAUGAACAAGGAAUUUUGGGCAAUGUCACUGGAACUCCAAGGAAUAUCGCCACCCGAAGAGAGAAGUGAAGAUUUCUUUGAUAUAGGCGCCAUAUAUCAUGUUGCUGAUAAUACUCCUUACAUCAGAUAUUUUUUGGCCAGUUUCUUCCAACAUCAAGUAUUUGAACAUCUGUGUAAAGUCGCUGUCUUUGGAAAACACGGAGAUGCCAGGGAGUUACCGAAAUCAAUACCAAUGAACAGAUGUGACAUUUAUGGAUCUAAAGCGAGCGGAAAAUUGUUGAAAAAAUUCAUGUCACUUGGUAAUUCCCAUCACUGGAGGGAAAUAUUACAGGAAACAUUUAACGAACACGACAUCUCAGCUGCUGCCCUCUUGCGGUAUUAUCGGCCAUUGGAAGAUUAUUUGGUCAGACUCGUCAAAGAACAUAAUAUACCACUCGGUUGGUAA